AUGGUUGCCCGACUAUAUCCUCUCGUGCAACCCAAGGCGGUGCCUCAAGGAACGCCUGAAUUCGAGGAAAAGCGGACAGCAUUACUGCGGGCCUUCUAUGAGAAGAUACCUCGCGAGUACUAUGUGUCCCAAGACAUUAUCGACAACCCGCCGGCGGACGUGACGGGAAUCCCUAGCACAUGUGGGAUCCUCACGCCGGAGGAGAUCGAAAUCACCGAAACGCAUGAUACCACCAGCCUCGCAGAGGCGAUUGCCACUCGCAAGUAUAGCGCGGUCACGGUAGCAAAGGCGUUCUCCAAACGCGCCAUCAUCUCGCAUCAACUGACGUGUUGCCUAACACAAUGGUACCCGGAGAUGGCGGAGAAGCAAGCUCAAGAGCUCGACGAGUAUCUGGAGAAGAAUGGCAAGACCAUCGGCCCUCUUCACGGCGUGCCCGUUAGCAUCAAAGAACACAUGCACAUUGCUGGCACGUAUUCAUCAAUGGGCUUCUUCAGCAGCAUCGUCAAGGACGACGAAGACAGCCAGAUGAUCAAGAUCCUCCGAAGUCUCGGGGCCGUCUUUUAUUGCAAGACGAACCAACCACAGACGAUCAUGCAUCUCGAGAGCGACUCCCACUGGGGACGAGUGCUCAAUCCUCAUAAUAUCCAUCUCUCGGCUGGCGGCUCGACUGGCGGCGAGGCUGCCCUGCUCGCCAUGAAAGGCUCCGUCAUGGGCGUUGGCACUGACAUUGGUGGAAGCAUCCGUGGACCAGCAGCGUUCUGCGGCAUCUACGGCUUCAAGCCAACAUCGUACAUUUUGCCGAUGAAAGACUUCUUGGCUGGAUCAUUUCCCGCAGAGCUGAAUGUGCUGUGUGCCUCAGGUCCAAUGUGCCGGACGCUGCGAGACAUGGAACUCUUUACGCGAUUAAUCUUGUCAGCCAAGCCUCAUCUCGAAGACCCACGGAUUGUGCCGAUACCGUGGACUGGGUUAGAAACGCCUAUGACUCGUCGUCUCAAGGUCGGAAUCAUCGAGCACGAUGGCUUCAUUGACCCGCAACCGCCAGUGAAGCGCGCGGUCUCGUGGGCACGUGAGAAGCUGUCUGAUCCCAAAUACGCGUCGAUCGUCGAAGUCAAGCCAUUCCACCCUUAUAACGCGCAAGAAGCGUGGACCAAGAUUCGGCGAAUGUACUGGCCCGACGGUGGCAAAGGGGAGAUCGAUCCCAUCACUGCCGCUGGCGAGCCCAUGCACCCACUGAGCACGUGGAUCAUGAAAGACGCUGAACCGCACGGUAUGCAGACGGCGGCCGAGGUCAGCGCUAUGAGAGCCGCGCGUGACAAGUUUCGCAUCGCCUUCGCGAAAUCCUGGCAGGACCAAGAUGUCGACGUCGUCAUCGGCCCAGCAUUUGUCGGGCCUGCGUCUGCCCACGACACCGCAUUUUACUGGACAUACACUUCUCUGUACAACUUUGUCGAUUUCCCAGGGGUGGUCUUCCCGACUCCCGUGAAGGCAGAGGCGAAGGAUGUCUAUGCAUCUGACUAUAAACCUCUGAGCGAUGCGUGCGCGCACGUGAAGGAGUUGUAUGAGCAGUCCAACUUUACCAACGCACCUAUCGACCUCCAGAUCAACGCGUACAAGUAUGCAGACAACCAACUGUUUGGAGCGCUAGCGGUGCUCAAGGAGGCUCUAGAAAUGCCGUGA